AUGCAGUUGUUAGAUCUUAGGCCAGUUCAUUCUAUUCCUCUUGUAAAUACCAUUGUUAGUGAGCCCAAAGCAAAUAAUGCUAGUGCAGUAAAUAAGAAUUCUACUGAAAAUCUAGAUGAUAUUGUCUUGUGGCAUAAGAGAGACACUGUGUUCAGAGAAGACAUUUUCCAUUUCAAACAUCUACACACAUUUCCCUCUCAUUUGUUUCCAGUUCUAGAACUCAGAGAUGUUGAGUGUCCUACUCUGCAUGAUCUUAGAUCCCUUAACUCCCUCAGUCCAUCUUCUACUCCCUAUCCUUCUCUACCCCCUUUGAGUGAUCAACCUAGUCCAUUCCUUUCAUCUACAUCUUCUCUCUCUACUACUGAUCAUUCAUCUUCACCUCCUCUUCUUUCUCCUGCUAAUCCUGGUUUAAGGAGAUCUUCUAGGCUGACUAAGCCUCCUAUCUGGAUGGAAGUCUAUGUAGUGUCGACCAAGACUUCUUUCUGCACUCAUCCUAUAUCAUAUUGUGUGACUUAUGAUAAUCUCUCACCUGCCUACAGGGUAUCACUUGCAGCUUAUUCAGCUAUUAUUGAGCCAAGGUCUUAUGAUGAGGCCAAGGCAGAUUCCAAGUGGAUUGAGGCCAUGGAAGCUGAGAUCUCUGCCUUAGAAGCUAAUCAGACUUGGACAAUUGUUGAUAUUCCUCAAGGUAAGACUCCUAUAUGGUAUAAAUGGGUGUUCAAAGUGAAGUAUAAGUCUACUAGUGAGGUGGAGAGGUAA